AGGGUAGGGUAGGAGGGCGGUCGGGGACGAAAGAGGGGAAGAGCAGAAACUCAUCCGAUUGGCGGUCUGGCACCAGUCGGCAAUCCUAUAGUCAAUGAGAAGAUGGCCGCUGGGCUCAGUGGAAGUGUCGCCAUUGUUUAGUGUUUAGUUGUUUUACCGUUUCUCGCAUAAUUUCUUGCCCCGGAAGCACGUUAAAGAUGCCUAGCGCUUCAUUCACAGCAUCGCGUAAUUACGUGCGAAGAUCCCGGAGAAAAGGCGCGAACAGGAUCCCUCUGCCAUCGAGAACCACCUCGGUCGAGGCAGGCGAUUUGCCAUAUGGAACAUCAAAUCAGAUACCCCUUGGAGUUGGAGGAGGUGCAGUUGCAAGUGGAACUGGCGGAAGGGGAUCUUCCCCCAAUGUUUCUGGUGUUGCAGCACCGUCGCCUUCCCCCCAGCAUUCGCACUCUUUUCCAUAUGACUUAAGGCGCAAGAGUCCACCUCAUUUGGAUCCAGCACCUGGUUCUAGUUCCGCCUUACCCCCUGCAAGUGGUAACAGUUAUGGAGCAUCUUUAGGUUGUACUGCUCUACCAGCCAGAAAACGACCCAGGCGGACAUAUUCAUUAUCCACAGAUGUAGGUACAAAUAUAAGCAGUGCAGCUCAUUACCUUCAGUACGACUUACCGGACGAAGUGCUGCUUACUAUAUUUACUUAUCUACUGGAACAAGAUCUGUGCAGAGUUUCUCAAGUCUGCAAACGUUUUCAAAUAAUCGCGAGCGACAAUGAACUAUGGAAGUCGAUGUACCAGAAGGUUUAUCAAUACGACAUACCACUGUACAUUACUGCACCAUGUAAAUUCGAGUUUAUAUCCCCGGAGGAAACCAAUUAUCCGAAUCCAUGGAAAGAGAGUUUCAAACAAUUGUACAAAGCGGUACACGUGAGGCCGGGAUAUCAGGGUCUGAAGUUUCAAGGACGGAAUUUUCGAUACUUUAAUACAGUCCAGGCAGCGCUGGAUCACAUAGAUGUAAAUAGAAAAUCGAGCGCCGCGUCGAACAGCAGCGCGAGCACAACCGGCAGGGGGAAUUGUUGCGGGCGGAAUACCCGAACGACGGGAGAAGGAUCUCAACAUUUAGUUUUCGUACACGCUGGCACCUACAGGGGCGAGUUCCUUGUGAUCGACAGCGACGUUGCAUUAAUAGGGGCGGCCCCCGGGAAUGUGUCCGAAUCUGUUAUACUGGAACGAGACACUGAAUCUACCGUUAUGUUUGUAGAAGGAGCGAAACGAGCUUAUGCCGGGCAUCUCACGUUGAAGUUUACCCCGGACGUUACUAGUACUGUGCCGCAUCAUAAGCAUUAUUGUUUAGAAAUCGGCGAAAACUGUAGUCCCAUAAUCGAUCAUUGCAUUAUUAGGAGUUCAAGCGUUGUUGGAGCAGCCGUUUGCGUGUCAGGCGUAGGAGCCAAUCCGGUGAUACGGAAUUGUGACAUAUCCGAUUGCGAGAACGUUGGACUGUAUGUCACCGACUACGCGCAAGGAACAUACGAGGACAAUGAGAUCUCGAGAAACGCGUUGGCCGGGAUUUGGGUGAAGAAUUACGCGAAUCCGAUAAUGCGACGGAAUCACAUCCAUCACGGACGGGACGUCGGUAUAUUCACUUUCGAUAACGGUCUCGGAUAUUUCGAGGCGAACGACAUUCAUAAUAAUCGAAUAGCGGGCUUCGAAGUGAAAGCCGGUGCCAAUCCAACAGUUGUGCACUGCGAGAUACACCACGGUCAGACCGGCGGGAUUUACGUGCACGAGAACGGUUUAGGUCAAUUCAUCGACAACAAGAUCCACUCGAAUAAUUUCGCGGGCGUCUGGAUCACCUCCAGCUCGAACCCAACGAUUCGUCGGAAUGAAAUUUAUAACGGCCAUCAAGGGGGCGUAUACAUAUUCGGCGAGGGACGAGGCUUGAUAGAACAUAAUAAUAUUUACGGGAACGCGUUAGCCGGCAUCCAGAUCCGUACGAACUCGGACCCGAUUGUUCGACACAACAAGAUACAUCACGGGCAACACGGCGGCAUAUACGUGCACGAGAAGGGGCAAGGUUUAAUCGAGGAAAACGAAGUGUACGCCAACACAUUGGCAGGUGUCUGGAUAACCACCGGGUCCACGCCGGUAUUACGAAGGAAUCGUAUUCAUAGCGGGAAACAAGUCGGGGUUUAUUUUUACGACAAUGGACACGGUAAACUAGAGGACAAUGACAUUUUCAAUCAUUUGUAUUCUGGAGUACAAAUAAGGACUGGAAGCAAUCCAGUGAUACGUGGGAAUAAAAUAUGGGGCGGACAGAACGGUGGCGUUCUUGUGUAUAAUAGCGGAUUGGGUUUGCUCGAACAAAAUGAGAUUUUUGAUAAUGCGAUGGCAGGAGUAUGGAUUAAAACUGAUAGCAACCCUACGUUAAAAAGGAACAAAAUAUUCGAUGGACGAGAUGGCGGUAUUUGUAUAUUUAAUGGUGGCAAAGGUGUUCUCGAAGAAAACGAUAUAUUUCGUAACGCGCAAGCUGGAGUGCUUAUUUCUACGCAAUCCCAUCCUGUCCUGAGAAGAAAUCGAAUCUUUGACGGAUUGGCAGCUGGCGUUGAGAUAACAAACAAUGCAACUGCCACGCUAGAAUUUAAUCAAAUUUUCAAUAAUAGAUUCGGUGGUCUAUGCUUAGCGAGCGGAGUUCAACCGACGACUAGAGGCAAUAAAAUAUUUAGUAACCAAGACGCGGUUGAAAAAGCUGUCGGUAAUGGGCAAUGUUUAUACAAAAUUUCGUCGUACACUUCCUUCCCCAUGCAUGAUUUCUAUCGCUGCCAGACAUGUAAUACAACAGAUCGCAACGCGAUUUGUGUGAACUGUAUAAAAACUUGUCAUGCUGGACACGACGUAGAAUUCAUCAGACACGAUCGAUUCUUUUGUGACUGUGGCGCUGGAACAUUAAGUAAUCAAUGUCAACUUCAGGGUGAACCCACGCAGGACACCGACACAUUAUACGAUAGUGCUGCACCGAUGGAGUCGCAUACGCUUAUGGUCAACUAGGAACUAAAUUAAACUAAAUAAAACAAUCAAACGACACUGACAGAGCCUGAAAAAAAUAUAUAUAUUAUUAAAGUAAUAAGUCA